AAGAGGAGGAGAAGGAAAAGGAGUAAAAAGAGGAGGAGGAGGAGGAGGAGGAGGAGGAGGAGGAAAAGGAGGAGGAAAAGGCGGAGGAGGAGAAAGCGGCGGAGGCGCUGCCGGCCCCGCGCUCCGGGCGCGCUCCCAGCGGGUCGGGCCCGGGGGGCGACACAGGCACCGAGAGCGGCACCGAGAGCGGCUCCGGACACCGAGAGCGGCUCCGGACACCGAGAGCGGCACCGGGCACCGAGAGCGGCCCCGGGUACCGAGAGCGGCUCCGGGCACCGAAAGUCGCCCCGGGCACCGAGAGCGGCUCCGGGCACCGAGCGUGGCCCCGGGCGGAGCGGCGGCGAUGCCGGCGGGGCUGGGGCGGCGAGGGCCGCUCCGGGCCGGGCCGCUGCUGCUGCUGCUGCUGCUGCUGCUGGAGCCGGAGCUGCUGCUGGAGCUGGCGGGCGCGCAGGAGCCCUGGCGGCAGCUGAUCCAGUGGGAGAACAACGGGCGCCUCUUCAGCCUCCUCAACAGCGGCGCCGAGUUCGUGCCCGCCGGGCAGGAGCGGCCCGCGGGCAACCGGCUGUGGCUAGCGGGGCCGGCGGCUGGGCCAGCGGGCAGCGUGCGCCGCCAGGCCUCGGGGACAGUGCGGGGACAAGCGCGACAUCCUUUCGGCUUCGGGCAGGUGCCGCCCAACUGGCGGGACGGCCCCAGGGGCGACAGCGGCGGGGGACAGCGGCGACAGGCGGGGAGGGGCCGGCAGGGCACGGGCGGGGUGGCCGCGGCGGCCUUCGCGGUGGCCUCGGCGGGACAAACGCACGCCGGUGUCGCCGCGGGGGUGGCACCGCACGAGGGGGUCCUGGUGUCGCGGGGCACAGGGACGGGGAUGGGCAUGGGGAUGGGGAUGGGAACUGGGAUGGACACGGGAAUGGGGGCAGGAAUGGGGAUGGGGACAGGGAUGGAAACAGCGAUGGGGAACGGGAUGGGGACAAGGACAGGGAUGGGGACAGGGACAGGGAUGGGAACAGCGAUUGAGAAUGGGAUGGGGAAUGGGAUGGAGACAGGGACAGGGAUGGGGAACAGGAUGGGGACGGGGAUGACGUUCCCGCUCCAACCCCACGCGCUCGCCGAGGAUUUCGGGGAUGAGGCCAAUCCCUACGGAGCCGCCGGCUUCCCGCUGGAUCGCCGCUAUUCCCACAGUUUGUACCACGACGCCGAGCCGCAAACCGGGAUGGCCUCCACGGAAAACCUGGGCUUCGGGGCGCAAUUCCCACCCCACCAGCGGCAGCCGCCGUUCCGGGCGGCUGAAUCCUUCGGGAUUGCCCAUCCCGAGCCCUUUGUUCCCGGCCGGAGCCCCGAAAUUCUGCAGGCGGUUCCCGACAGCCAAGCCCGGCUGAGCGUGGGCAGCGUCUACAGGCCCAGCCUCGGAGCGCGGGGUCUCCCGGAUCUGAUCCCAGAUCCCAACUAUGUCCAGGCCUCCACCUACGUGCAGAGGGCUCACCUGUACUCGCUGCGCUGCGCCGCCGAGGAGAAGUGCCUGGCCAGCACGGCGUACGCGGCCGAGGCCACCGACUACGACGUGCGGGUGCUGCUGCGCUUCCCGCAGCGCGUCAAGAACCAGGGCACGGCCGACUUCCUGCCCAGCCAGCCCCGACACAGCUGGCAGUGGCACAGCUGCCACCAGCACUACCACAGCAUGGCGGAGUUCAGCCACUACGACCUGCUGGACGUCACCUCGGGGCGCCGCGUGGCCGAGGGACACAAGGCCAGCUUCUGCCUGGAGGACACCACCUGCGACUUCGGCCACCUCAAGCGCUACGCCUGCACCGCCCACACCCAGGGUCUCAGCCCAGGCUGUUACGACACCUACAACGCUGACAUCGACUGCCAGUGGAUUGACAUCACCGACGUUCCGCCCGGGAAUUACAUCCUCAAGGUCCAGGUCAAUCCCAAAUAUUUGGUGCUGGAAUCAGAUUUCACCAACAACGUCGUGCGCUGCCACAUCCACUACACCGGGCGCUUCGUCUCCGCCUCCAACUGCCGCAUUUCCCAAUCCUGAUGGCCGCUGAAUCCCAGGAAUGCCGCCCGUCCCCUUUCCCGGGAAGCUCCUGGGGUGGCUCCAACGUGUUCCCAAAAUUCCCCCUUUUCCCAAUAAAAAGCGGGGAAGCCACAAGGACUUUUCAGAAUCUUUUUUAAUCCCAAAUUUCCUGUUAUUCCUGGUUUUUUCCCCCAUUUCUCGAGGGAAUCCAAGGCUGGAAUAAAAGCAGGGACACUCCACUCCCUCCAGGGAUCCAUAAAAUCCUCCUGAUCCUCAAAAUCCUUGGGGAUUUUUGGGAAUGUCCCCCGAGCAGGGAAAAGAAACAGCUCCAGGAAUUUGGGGAGGGAAAUCCCAUUGCUUUUUAGGGAAUUCUUCUGUUUUCCCACCUUUUCCAAACCCAGAGCGACCAGAAGUUGGGAAUUUUUGGGAAUUUUUGGGCUGGGAAUGGGGUCGGUGGGAAUGGAAAGAGGAGAC